UUGCAGGCUAUACCCUCGUUGUCUGCCCCUGGUUCCCGGUAUACUCUGCGUUGUCUGCCCCUGGUUACCGGUAUACCCAGCCCUGUCUGCCCCUGGUUACCGGUAUACUCUGCGUUGUCUGCCCCUGGUUACCGGUAUACUCUGCGUUGUCUGCCCCUGGUUACUGGUAUACUCUGCGUUGUCUGCCCCUGGUUCCCGGUAUACUCUGCGUUGUCUGCCCCUGGUUACCGGUAUACCCAGCACUGUCUGCCCCUGGUUACCG